UGCUCGUUGCAGUUGUAUGGACACAUCAGAACGAUAGUGCGCUUUCUCUGCAUAGUCGUCGUACGUUUGGUUGAGGAAAAGGUCUUCUUAACGAAUAGUUGAAACUAGCAAUUGACUAGCAUCGGUUGUUCUUCAGGCAAAUGUGAAAUACAGAGUGCAUAAUAAGAUCAUUAGGAAAUGAUGUGACAAAAAUCAAGAUAGUGCCAAAUACUAAACCUCUAACUAGAAAUCAGAUUUCCCAUCCGUUCAACCGGUUUGUGCAACGCAAAUAAAUUGUUUUCAUACAGGAUUACUGAUAAAUUAAAGUUGCAAUUGGUGCAUUAUUACUAUCAAAACUACGUAAUGGAACUAAGAGUGAGAGUCAUGUCACUAGAAGAAACACGUCGAACCCAGCGACCAUAUCGCUAUGGGAUGAUGCUGUUAUGUGUUGGCGCAUUGGUGAAUUGGUUGGGUCUGGCCGAAAAUUAUUCAGAACCAGUACGAUACGCGGGAGUUGCAUGUAUUUUAGGUGCCUGUCUCAUAUGUACUGCAAUGUGUUGUUGGCUUCACACACCCGGUCGAUCGGGAACGAAUGGUGACGAGGGCGAUGAUCCUGUUCACGUCAUUAGUGCUAAUGAUGAACGAAGGCGUGAAAAGCCUCCCGACUACGACACUGUAGCUGCCGCCCCACCAAGCUACGACGAUGCGAUCAAGCUUGAUCCUGCCGCUCUUUUACACUUGUCAAUAGCAUCGAACGCAAAUGUCAGCAGUAAUGCGAACAUUAAUUACAUCCCUACAGUACAUCCCAGCUCAUCCCAUACAAUGAGUAAUAGUAAUUGUACUGAAACCGUUCAAAGCACUGAAGGUAGCCAAAUACUAGACUGUUCUAUUACCGUGUGCGAUGAAAAAAUGUGUUCCGAGAAACCACCUCCCUACGCAGAACCAGUCGUCUGUGGCACAAGUAUUUCAUCUGACGAACGAACAUCUCGCAGUACUAACUGAACUACCGGGAUGCGUUUAGCUUUAUCACGAAUAUAACGAACUUUCUAUAAUGUUUUGCGUUGAAGUUUCCUGUCCUUCUAAAUCAGGAAACAAUAAGCAAAACACAGAAAUCAUGGCUGUGUUCGUAUUUCUUAAAUUGUAAGCUUCCGUUUCCUGCACAGAAAUGUUCUAGUUAUAUAUCAAAUCCCGAAGAGCGAUAGAACGUAGGUGUCUGCAGCACUCAACUAAAAUGCUGUACAGUAUUAGCGAUGCCAUAAUUGAAGCGAACGAUGUUCGUAAGAAGACAGCGUAUUUAUACUUAAAUCAUGCUCAACACUCCCAACAUAGUUGAGGAUUUCUAUCGUUUCUAACAGUCGUAAUAGUGUUUACGCAAAGAUAAAGGAAUUGUAGCUAGGAAACCUUAUUUACAUUAGCACUCGGUCGAUAGGAGCAUAAGGAAAAUAUCCAACCGAUUCUGGGGAACUGAAUGUACAUAUGAUCACGGAUGUAAUCCUGCCUUAUAUUUGGGUUUAUUUGUGUGAUAAUAGUACCAUAAGUCAAUAAAGAUUCCCAUUAUCAUGUA